AUGAAAUUUUUUAAGGAAGCAAAGACUUCCUCGUACAAAAAACUUCUUUUAAUAUUCUCAUUGUUGUUUGUGUUGUCUGGUUUUGAUAUCUGUCAUGGACAAGAUGACGGUGCAUCACCGCCACCGCCCGUGCCUGAACUCGACAACUGCGACGGAAUAUUUCUAACGUAUACUUUAACUGACAGGGAGAAGGAAUAUCCGCACGUGAAAAACGUGUCGAAACAAGCAUGGGCGUUUAAAGCUGAAGCGUCGUUGAUGAAUGUCGGCGAUGAAGAAUUAAAAGAUUGGAAGAUGUAUAUUGGGUUUCAGCAUAGGGAGAUUCUUGUUUCGGCGGAUGGAGCUCUUCCGGUUGACUCGGAGGAUUUUCCGGCCGAGGUAGGGAAUGGAACUACAAUAGCUGGAAAUCCUAUGACAGAUUUGAAAACUGCCAUUGAAACAGCUGGUGAUUUAAAUCAAAUGGCUGUUAGGGUUAAAAUGAGUGGAACUCAGUUUGGACUUGGUGCAGCUGCUACUCCUAUGCCUAAAACUAUUAAGCUUAUGAAUGAUGGCUUCAAAUGCCCUCAACCUGGUCGUAAAGGUUCAAGAAUGUUUGUAUGCUGCAGAAAGGACCCACAAGUUAAAGCUAAACUAAAAAAGAAAACAAAGUUCCUUCCUCGUCGCUAUGGCGAUCUAACCAUUGCGUACGAUGUUCUUCAAGCCUUUCGAACCAGCUACUAUGCGCAAGUAACUAUAGACAACAAUCAUCCAUUAGGUCGUCUUGAUCAUUGGAACUUAACAUGGGAAUGGCAAAAGGGAGAAUUCAUUAACACUCUAAAAGGCGCAUAUGCUCGCAUAAAAGACCCUUCUGAAUGUUUAUACAGUCCAGCCGGAAGAUACUAUGGUGACUUAGAUUUCUCGACAGUUGCAAACUGUCAAAAGAAACCUAUUCUCUCUGAUCUUCCGACUGAAAGAGCGGAAGAUGAAAAAGUCGGUAAAGUACCUUGGUGUUGUAGAAAUGGUACUGUUUUACCACCUCUUAUGGAUAGGAACAAAGCAAGAUCAAUUUUUCAGUUACAAGUUUUCAAAAUACCACCUGAUGAUAACAGAACAGCACUUACACCGCCAAUGAAAUGGCACAUUGAUGGGGUUAUUAACCCUAAAUACAAAUGUGGACCACCAAUUAGGGUUGAUGCACAGGAAUUUCCUGAUCCUAGUGGACUUACAGCAAUUUCAACAGCUGUUGCUAGUUGGCAAAUAGUUUGCAACAUUACAAAACCGAAGCCAAGAGAAAAUCGUUGUUGCGUCUCGUUCUCGGCUUUCUAUAACGAAUCUGCUAUCCCAUGUAACACAUGUGCUUGCGGUGGUUGUGAUGAUACAAGGAAAUGUAAUCCAAAUGCUCCGCCUUUACUUCUCCCACCCGACGCACUUCUCGUCCCUUUCGAGAAUCGAACAUUAAAGGCACGCGCUUGGGCAAAACUCAAACACAUGCGCAUUCCAAGUAAGUUACCUUGUGGAGAUCAUUGUCCUGUAAGUAUUAAUUGGCAUGUAAGUUCAGAUCAUAAGGAGGGAUGGACGGCUAGGAUAACGCUUUUCAAUUGGGAAAAUUACGGCUUUGAAGAUUGGUUCGCUGCACUUAAGUUCGAUAGGUCUUUCGAAGAUUUUCAAGAUGUUUAUUCAUUUAACGGGACUAGAAUUCCUGGUAUCAAAACCCUUUUCUUUCAAGGACUUAAAGGUUUAAAUUACUUAGCCGGAGAAACUAAUGGAACUCGUGCUAAAGAUCCAAGGGUGCCUGGAAAACAACAAUCUGUGUUUUCUUUUCAUAAGAAAUACACAAAAGAAUUCAGCGUCGAGCGCGAUGCUUUUCCUACUAAGGUGUACUUCAAUGGAAUGGAAUGUUCACUUCCUCCACAUAGACCUGCUAAAAGUUCAGGACAUACAUCUUCUAUCAGUGUCAUCACAGUCAUUUUCACAGCACUUAUGACAUUCAUGCUCACGACAGAUCGCUUUCUCUGA